GGUCUUCGUGUGUCAACUCCAGCAUGAGAAUGGUAAGUGAAUAAAGCAAGAAAAUCCCUACCUUCUUUUCUGUUUUUUUUGGAAAGAGAAUUCAUUACUAUCACCUGAAGUGAUCUGGGCCUGAUUUGAAUCGAUAAUCUAUCAGUUCUACUUCUGUUGUUCGCUUGGAUCUUACCAUGCAAAGUUUCAACAACAAGGACACCCACAUGGUGGUUUGAGCUUAAUCCACACAGGAGGAUAUCCAUAACAUUUUGGCCAUCUCGACUAUGGAUUAUUCCACUGUAGCAUGCCCACAUGCAAACUAUGGUGAUGCUCUAAAAAAGAAACUACUGGAUAUCUGUGCUGGUGGCACCCUUCCUUGUAGAGGGGAACAAUUUUAUUAUUUUCCAGAAGGUCACAUAGAAAAGCUUGGAGGUCCAAUGGUUCGGGAGCUAGAGCUUCCAUUUGAACUUCCGUCCAAAAUUCUUUGUGAAGUGAUGAAUGUUUAUCAUAUGGCUGAACCUGAAACAGACCAAAUUUCUGUAGAAAUAACAUUGGUUCAUGUGAAAAAUCAAAGAAAGUUCACUAGCCCAAAUCCUCAACUCUUGGUUCAUUCAUUUCAUAGAACACUUACUGCUUCAGACAUAAGCAACCAUGGUAGUUUAUAUAUUAACAGGCAUGACGCGGAGAACUGUCUACCUCCAUUGGAACUGUCCGAGGAGGUACCUUAUCAGUACUUGGAUGCAACUGAUCUGCAAGGAAAUAAUUGGCGCUUCAAACAUGUUUUUAGGGGCACACCUAAGCGACACUUGCUAACAGAGGGCUGGAAGGCAUUUGCUAGCUCAAAAAAGCUAGCCAAAGGUGAUGUGUUAAACUUCUUAAGGGGAGAAACAGGACCCCUUCUGGUUGGAUUAAAGAAGCUCAUUAAGCAAGACACAAAUGGCACACCUUCUGUUAAAUCUUUGAAAGACAAGUGUGUUGGAACUUUGUCUAGUGCUUUUAUGGCUAUCAAGUUUGGAACUCCCUUUCAUUUCAUCUACAAGCCUAGAGAAAACCAGUCCGAGUUCAUGGUAAAUGUCAACAAGUACCUUGAAGCUCAAAAUCUCAACUUACCCAUUGGGACUAGGUUUUCAAUGAGGUUGGAGGGUGAGGAAGUUCUUGAACAAAGAUUCACUGGCCAUAUUGUUGGUUCUCAAGAUAAUGUAUCGUCAUGGGCUGGUUCUGAGUGGAGAUCCAUAAAGGUUCAAUGGGAUGAACCUUCAACAUUCCUUCCAGAAAGAGUGUCAAGAUGGGAAUUGGAACUAGCUUCAAACUCUCAAAUAAGUGAAAGGAGCGAGCUAGCGCAACCAAAUGAUACUGUUGACUUUACUUAUGAUAUUCCCUAUCAGAGGCGUAGGACAGAAGGACAGUUUAAUGAGAGUUGUUCUCGUAUUAACAUGGUGGAGUCAAGCUAUGGAGUUGAGGGAAAUUACGACGUUGACAGCAGUGGAGCUAACUUGGGGAAAGUGAGUCAAGGUAAUGCUGGCAUUUUGCAAGAAAGCUAUGGUCUGGCUGAAGGAAGUGGAUUUGGCAAUAUUGAGAGGCCCACUAUUGAUGAAUUUGAUUUUGAUAUAAGUAAUUUUUUUGGGGAAGAUAAUUCACCUAGUCUUCUUGACACAAAUUUUCCUUCAACUGAGUUUGGAAAUUUGCCCCCUAUUCCAUGUAUAAGUACUUCAAUGGAGUUCAGAAAUUCAUCUCCUACCCAUACUUCUUCUCCUGGUGUUUUGCCUGAUGAGCGUGCAACUCUUCCUUCAACUGAAAUUGGAAUUCCUCUAACAGAAUUUGAAAUUUCUCCACAGCCACCUCAAGUUGCAAGCACAUCUGCAGGAGACAUUAUUGGAACUUAUAAAAUGCAAGUGGAUUUUCAUGGUUUUUAUGUACGAAACCAUCUUAUCCCUUACCUGGAAUGCAUUUAUUUGAAAAUGGGUGAGUUUUGGAGAGAUUCCAAGAUACGGAAUGCUGAUACGGUAACAUCACUUUUAAAUGGACUCGGAGAGGCAUUGUACCUGAUGAAGCACAGAAACUUGGAGUCAUUAAAUAUAAAAGAAUUAGAGGACCUAAUGAUUUACAUUGUGGAUGCUUCAAAUGCUGGGUUCAAGUUGGAUUGCCUGCAAUUGCAACCUAUUGCAUGCAAAGCAAAGGAAGCGUUGAGGGCACUGGACCAGUGUAAUUCUUUGGAGAAGCAGAAGUCUUCUUUAGAAUGUCAACUGCGAGAGGUAGAUUCUGAAUGCCAGAAAGCAGAGGUUGAGCUACAAAAUCAUCGUCAAGAGCUUGUAUCUCUCACUGAAGGACUUGUUUAUCAGUUUAUACCGUAAAUGUUUAGCUAGUAUAUUUGAAUUUGGUUGGUAUAAUGUGGUUUAACUGAUAAUAGAGGCAGAAAUGAAGAGGAAAAUAUCAUACAAGUUAAUCACACUCAAA